AUGGCAUUCCGAUUCAAUUGGCCAGAGUUUGAUUCAGACUUCUAUGAUGAGGCACGUUCUCAAUUCGAGGCUGCUCUAAACAAGGGUAACAAACCCAAGAAUAUUGUUGAUCACAUUGCAGUCAAGGAAUUGUACAUGGGAACUUUGCCACCCGAGCUUGAAAUUCUAGAAAUUGGUGAACUCUCGACUGAUAAGUUCCGUGGAAUCUUUAAAUUAACUUACAAUGGCGAUGCUCACAUUGUCUUACAAACCAAAGUUCAGGCAAACCCAAUGCACACAAAACAAUCCGACCUUCCACGACAUUCGAGACCGAACAUAUUGGCUGCCCACCAACCCCUUGUAGUUCCAAUGCUACUAAGAAUUAGUGACCUCAAACUGCGAGGAAUCGUUGUGUUGGUAGUGUCGAAAACAAAAGGCAUCACUCUCGUCUUCAAGAACGAUCCACUCGAAAGUAUCUUAGUUAGCUCUACAUUUGAUAGUGUAACCAGUGUGAGGAACUUCUUGCAACGUGAGAUUGAAAAGCAACUCCGGAACUUAUUCCAAGAAGAUCUGCCGGUCAUGAUCCACAAUCUCAGUCUACGUCACAUUCAAAGCGAACAAGAAAAAGCCAAGAAACAGCAACAGGAGGAACGCCUCAAAAUUCAGAAAUUGCGAAAACUAGAACGCGAUCGACAAAAAAGGGCUAAUGGCGGUAUCCCCUCACCACCACAAUCUCCAUUAUUCAUGUCUCUAGACCAAAAUAUCGUUGUUGAUCCAGUACAUAAUGGAAUGGCAGCCAAACUAGCCCAUCUGGCAUCCGUCAACCACACAAUUUCACCCUUUGCACACACCAUAGACCAUUUCACAUACAGAAGCCUUCCACACACCGUCAAAAAAAUCGAUUCUAAACCAAAACAUAAAAAAGUCCCAAGAAGACGCAUUAUUCGCAUCAACACAUCUUCUUCAAUGACCAGCUCUACACCCUAA